GUUUCCUUCACGGCUCCGCCGGCCACUCACGGCCGACUUGUGAUGAGAGUCAUGGCGGGCUGGAAAGGCUGGGCAGAUUUUGAGCCAGUCUUACGCACCGGCGAGCAAGAGGCCACUGUGAUCAUCUUCUUCGAUGAUCUCAACGAGGUCAACUCGAUCUCACCGACAGCCGGCUCUACGCCUGGUGGAGCCACCGUCAAGCUCACCGGCAAGGGCUUCCGUCUGCCUGGCACCAGCAACGAGGUCACGCUCUACCACCGCACCGGCGACAAGAAGGGCCAAAUGGCAGGUAUCUGCAAUGUCACCAUGGGCACUCUCGACA